ACGUGUGUGUGCUCCCCCUGGUGCUCGAGCUUUGAGUGGAGACGCGGUCGGUCCCAGCGGUGAAGUGCAGCCAUUGCUCGAGUUAUCUAGGUCGGGCCCCGGCUCUCCGCUCACACGGUGCAUGGACAUGGAGGCCCAGGACCCUGGGAGUUACUAUAACUUUCAGCAAGCUCAGGCAUUUUAUGCUUAUCCAUUUCAACAAAUGAUGAGCGCGCCUUCAAACAUGGAACUGGGAAAUGAGCAAAGGACACUGCAUACCCUUACGGGUGUGCCAGCCCAUGAGCUGCAGGCCUUUUCUGGCAUGCCUGCCAACGAGCCCCAGAUUCUUCAUACUCUGACCGGAGUGCCAGCACAGGAGCCAGUUAACAUGCAGAUGUCUUCAGAAGUACCUGAUCUGGUCCCGGAAUCUGAGCAAGAACCUACCAAGGGCAAGAGAAAGCGCGGCAAGGCUGCAGGAGAGCCCAAGCCAAAGAAACAGCCUGCCAAAACUCCAAAAGCUAAAUCAACAGGAAAACAAGAAAAGAUAACAGACACAUUCAAAGUGAAAAGAAAAGUGGACCGGUUUAAUGGGGUGACUGAGGCAGAGCUUAUGACGAAGACCUUGCCAGACAUUUUGACCUUCAAUUUGGACAUAGUAAUUAUCGGAAUUAACCCAGGACUUAUGGCGGCUUAUAAAGGCCAUCACUACCCUGGACCUGGAAAUCACUUCUGGAAGUGCCUCUUUCUGUCAGGACUGAGUGAUAAACAGCUUAAUCACCUGGAUGACCAUGCCCUUCCAGAGAAAUAUGGAAUUGGUUUUACCAACAUGGUAGAAAGGACUACACCAGGUAGCAAAGACCUUUCAAGUAAGGAGUUUCGAGAAGGAGGCAGAAUCCUUCUACAAAAGUUACAGAAAUAUAAACCUCGCAUAGCAGUUUUCAAUGGCAAAUGCAUUUAUGAAAUUUUUAGUAAAGAAGUGUUUGGUGUAAAAAUUAAAAAGUUUGAAUUUGGAAUCCAGCCACAUAGGAUCCCAGAUACAGACACACUUUGUUAUGUCAUGCCCUCAUCAAGUGCCAGGUGUGCUCAGUUCCCCCGAGCUCAGGAUAAAGUCCAUCACUACAUCAAGCUAAAGGAUCUUAGAGACCAGAUGAAGGGCUUGGAGAGCACCAGAGAAGUAACGGAAGUGCAGUACUCGUUUGACUUGCACUUAGCACAAGCGGAUGCAAAGAGACAGGCAGUUAAGGAGGAGAAAUACGAUCCUGGAUAUGAUGCUGCUGCUGCAUUUGCAGCAGAUAUGAACGAACAGACGCCUUCUGGUGAAAGUGGAACAUGCAGUAUGUCUUCUGAAGUUGGAGGACCCUGUAAUCAAGAGUUUGCUGAUCAAGUUCCAAAUGGACACUGGAUGCCUCCUCCAUAUAUCGAGCAGAUGUCGACCUUUAACCACUGUGAUGACCAACAGGAAGAAGAAGGCAGUGCUUAGACGUGUCUGUGUUCCCAGCUAUGCAUUCGAGCUGCAGUUUUAUUGCAGUCCUAAGGAAAACCGUACCUCAGUUGGAUAACUGAAGCCUUUUUAAUUCUGUUAACAUUUUACCUCUUAUUUUUAUUAGUGUAUUGUAGUGCUAGAUUACCUUUUAAAGUAGGUAGUUUUAAUUCAUAUUUCAACUUUUUUAGGUAGCAGAUAUCUAGAAGUAGACCUUUUUAUGGUACUUUCUGUUUUUUUUGUAUGUAAGUUCACAAACUGCAUAACCUAUUCAUGAUAAUUUGGAAAAAAUAUUGUUACUCAUUAUUUCAGACACAAUAACCGUUGUAUGUAUAGAUUGAAGCGGGUGUUUUGGAGUCAGCACAACAUUCUUGAAUUUUUAUAGGCCUUAUAGAAUUUGUUCUUUAACCCCAAUCAUACAUAUUGAUAGACUUUUUUAUUUAUUUAUUUUUUUUCUUCUUCUUCCAAUUGAGCUGUACAGGAAACAAGGAAGACUGAUUUUCCGAAUACGUUUGGUUCAAAUGUUUUGGCAUGUUACACAAACACUUAAUUUUUAUGCAUGGGGGCCCUAGUUAUCACAUGUGGGCCCACAUCUCUGCAUUGCAUAGAGUUGAGUCGCAUGGAGGGAUAAAUGAUCCAGUGAAGUGUCCCUACAUGUAAAAUGAAUUCUGCGUAGGAUUUUAUAGUGAUUUAGUACAAUGUUGAGUACAGCAUCCUUUUUAUUGAAUAAUUCUACAGAGUUAUUUUAUGUAUGGGAUAUACAAAUGGUGCUUAUAUGCUUAAUUAAUUUAAGACAAAUCUUAAUUUUUUAAAAAUUUUACUUUUUACCCUGUGGCUAUGCCUUUAUUUAUAGUCAUGAGUGUUUUUUGUUUUGUGUUGUAUUCUUGCAAUGUGUGGCGAAUGACUGCAGUUUGUAGAGGAAAGAGGAGUGGCAAGAUAUUAAGUGUGAUAUUUAUCAAAUCUGGUGUUAAUACACCAUGGCCGUGCAACUGUUCCUGUCAACAGUUAAUGGAUUUAACAACUGUGAGAACCCUCCUCACAACACAACGUUCUGUUACUAAAUGUUCAUAUUCCAGAGGAAUCCUCAAGGAAAGAUUAUGUUACUAUGAUUGCUGCUUGUAAUAGUGAACGAGUCACUUCAGUACCCAGAUAUGUACUAAAACAUUAAUACCUCUAGUUUUAUAUGCUAAAAUCAUCCAUUAGAGGACACUUGGGGCACCAGUAAAAAUUUUAAUGCAUAUACUAUGGCAAGUUUUAUCAUCAUUUCCUUAAAGGACCACUAUAGUGCCAGGAAAACAUACUCGUUUUCCUGGCACUAUAGUGCCCCCACCCUCAGGGU